AUGCUGGAAUUAUUUAAGCGAGUCCUCGUCUACCAUAAUGAGAUAUCACAAACAAUUCAUUUUGCAGACUACCCACGAGAUACUCGUCAUAAUACAGACGACAGGCUUUGGUGUCCAACCUAUCAAGUGGGCUCGCAGUGCCCAGAGAACUCGUUCUUUUCCUACUACAAGUGCUGUGGACAUCUUCACAAAGAAUGCUGCUCACAUAUGCGUGUUUGGGUGCUACUUCUAAUCAUUGGUCUCCCCCUACUGUGUAUCAUCCCAGCUGUAGCCUACUUCCUGCGACGCCUUAUGCAGAAACGCCGACAGCGAUACCAUGGCGGAGUUCAGAUGGCUCCACGUGACACUAACACUCGUGAAGUUAGAGAAAUUCGUACAACAGUUCACAAGUAA